AUGAGUUCCCUUUCAAACAGAAACAGAGCAAUCUGGAUCACAUCUCAAGUACUAACCAUAUUGGCGUUGUCGGAGAUCUGCAUUGCAGUCAAUUUUUCUGCCAAUUUUCUUUUUGGUGACUCCCUAGUUGAUGCUGGAAACAACAACUAUAUAUUUACGCUCGCAAAGGCUAAUUAUGUCCCAAAUGGGAUUGAUUUCGGCCGCCCAACUGGACGAUACACCAACGGGAGAACCAUUUUUGACAUUAUAGGUCAAGCAUUCAAUUUUGAAGAUUUCACUCCUCCUUACCUGGCUCCCACAACUGUAGGAUCUGUGGUGCUGAGGGGUGUCAAUUACGCUUCCGGAGGAGGUGGAAUUCUUAAUCAAACUGGGAGUAUUUUUGGUGGUCGAAUUAACCUGGACACACAGAUCGGUAAUUUCGCAAACAUCAGGCGAUACAUAAUUUCAAGCAUUGGUGCUCCUGCAGCUCUAAAUUUGUUUCAAAAUGCUCUCUUCUCCGUUACAAUUGGCUCCAACGAUUUCAUUGAUAACUACUUCACACCUUUGGUCUCACUUCCCGAGCAAAAUUUAAUUCCUCCACAAGUGUUUGUGAGCACCAUGAUAGACAGAUUCAGACAACAACUUACGAGACUCUACAAUUUGGGUGCAAGAAAGAUUGUUGUAGCAAACGUGGGUCCUAUUGGGUGCAUACCAUUGGAGAGAGAAACAAAUCCUUCUGCAGGAGAAGACUGUGUUGCUUUUCAGAAUCAGCUAGUUCAGCUUUAUAACAAAGAGUUAAAAAGCCUAAUCGCAGAGCUUAGAGCAAGCUUGGAGGGAUCAAUGUUCAUCCAUGUAGAUGUUUAUCACAUUGUAGAAGACAUUCUCCAAAAUUACAAGUCCUAUGGUUUUGAGAACGUAAACACAUCAUGCUGCUUUAUGGCUGGGAGAUUUGGCGGUCUGGCACCAUGUGGUCCAAUGUCUAGGGUUUGUGGAGACAGAUCCAAAUAUUUUUUCUGGGAUCUAUUCCAUCCUACUGAGGCUGCUAAUGUCAUCAUAGCCAAGCGCCUAAUGGACGGUGACUUAAAUGACAUAUCACCAAUGAACAUUCGUCAACUCUCUAGAGUUUGA